AUGGAGAAAAUCAUCUACAACUUCUACUCUGAUCUCUUCGACAGCCAUAUCCAUUUGCCUCCUCACCAUCUAAGGGAAGACGGACAUGUCAUUUCAGAAGUUCUCGCGUCCGAAGUACGACAUGCUAUCAUGUCGGUAAUAAAUCGUACAGCACCCGGUCCUGACAGAAUAAGACCCGAACACUUGAAGGACCUUCCGCCAGUACUCAUCAACACCCUGGCGAGGCUCUUUACACGUUACCUGUCGGAAUGCAAAGUUUCUAAACAGUGGAAGACCAGCAAGGCUGUGUUGCUGUAUAAAAUGGAGAUCCAUAUGACAUCGACAACCAUCGCCCAAUCUGCUUACUCUUCGUCAUCUACAAGCUCUUUACAAAACACGAUUGACCACAUUCACACUGUUUCGAAACUCAUCGAGGUAUCACGCGAAUACAAGAUGCCGCUCUGUCCCACCUUCAUCGACUUGACGAAGGCCUUCGACUCAGUUGAGACGGAAGCGGUCAUGGAAGCCUUGGACAACCAAGGCAAUUUCGACAUUCUACAAGAAUAUAUCAUCAUUGACGUGAAGAGGGUGGUCCGACAGGGUGAUACAAUCUCACCCAAAAUAUUCACCGCCACCCUCGAGACCGCAUUGCGAAAAUUGGAAUGGGACGACGUGGGGGUGAAGGUUGAUGGUCGGCAGCUAUACCAUUUGCGCUUUGCUGAUGACAUCGUACUGAUAACACCUAGCAUCAGCCAAGCGAAACGAAUGCCUACCGAAUUCGACGAAACAUGUGGAUGCAUCGGUCUUCAGCUGAAUCUGCAACGGAUGAGUCUCGGAUGCCCCAUUCACGCUCAACGGAACGAACAUAUCCGAAUGCACCAGUUACGUUUGUCUGGGUUGGGAAAUAAACACGAAGAACAACCAGCUCCCCGAGCUGGGCAAGAGGAGACGAGCGGCUUGGGGAGCGUAUAA